GUGCACGGAUGACCAAUUGUGGAGCUUGUUUGUUUCCGCGAAUUACAGCAGGUCCGACCCGCCGACAGUCGAUGGCUUACCAGUCAUGGUGAACGUCUCCAUGAAGAUAAUGGACGUCGAUGAUAUCAACGAAGAACGAAUGGACUUCCGACUGCACACAUACAUCGAAGAAAGUUGGCGCGAUCCGCGUCUUAGGACUUCCAUCGUGCGAGACUGGAAGUACCCGGUCCUUCCCGAAAGCGUGGCUGCGCUAAUCUGGAAACCAGACGUCGUAUUCUCCAACACGAAGAAGAGUUCCGUGUUCAUGCAGUCAGUGCAAAGCAUCGCUAUCAAGAUCGAUAAGAACGGCAGCAUACGUCGCUUCACGAGAUAUCUCUUCCAGGUACGAUGUGUGAUGACAUUUCAUAAUUAUCCGCUGGAUGUUCAGCAUUGCCACUUCAAGGUCUCCUUGCUGGCGAGCCCUAACUGGCUGACUGACCUCCAAUGGGAAGGUGGUAUUCAAAAUGGCAAGAGCAGCGGGAUUCGUUUCGUCGAGCGAAUCGAGCCGUUGCAGUUCAAAAUCAAGGAGCCCAAAGCGCAUCGCUACAGCGAAGUCUUCCUAGGAGAAAACUACACCUACUUAUUGGCCAACUUCACCUUCGUGCGGCGCCUGACAGCGUCCAUCGUCAACACGUACAUACCAAGUGGCCUCAUAGUUGUCUUGUCUUGGCUAUCUUUCUGGAUAGACAUCACGGCUGUUCAAGGCCGGAUCAGCCUCGGAGUCACUGCCAUAUUAACGCUCACCACUCAGGUCGUACAAUCCCGUAGCAAUCUGCCUCCUGUAGACUACGUAAAGGCCGUGGACAUUUGGCUCUUUGCCUGUUUGAUGUCUGUCUUCGCAUCUCUGCUGGAGUACGCCGUCGCAUACCAGUACAUCAAGGCUAAAGGACUGGGCCGAACGGACAGCAUAGAUGAAGACCAAAUGUCCGACGGAGUGAUGCUCGGAGGCGAAGACGCGAUCAUGCAGCGACUGCAGCCUCAGAAACCCGUGGCCACAGACGUGCAUGACCACGACGAGGAAGAAGAUGAGGCGAUGAAUUUGUGGUUGGCCCUCGUCAGCAAACUGAGAACUCUGGAACAGACCAGUUCGAACAUUUUCGACAGCGUUUCUCGCGUUCUGUUCCCAUCCUUGUUUAUUUUGUUCAUGAUGAUUUAUUGGAUUUAUUAUACGAGAAUAUGAUAUCCAUAGCGUAUAGUGUUUAGGCGGCCAAAUAAAUAGAGUAUUU